UUUCCCUCAGAAGUGAUUGUUUCUUCUCCGUAAUUUCUUUUUGUUUUGUUGUAAUUUUAUAUUCGGUUUUGUUUUUUUUAAUUUUACGAGUUGGUAUUUGCGUUUCACGGAGAUUCUAUUUGAAAAUAAAUACGUAUAAACUAUCAAUUAAUUAUAAUUAAAAUGGAUAAAUUGCGUCGAGUGCUUAACGGAAAUGAUUCCACACCGGAGGAGGAGAGUAGCAUCAUCACACAGAUUAAUGAGAUGUCAACGCUUAGCUGGUCGACACGCAUCAAAGGCUUUUGCAUUUGUUUCGUACUUGGCAUCUUACUAUCGUUUCUCGGCUCGCUGGCCCUAUUUUUACACAGAGGCGUUGUUGUGUUUGCGGUCUUUUAUACGCUUGGUAAUGUAAUAUCAAUGGCUAGUACAUGCUUUCUUAUGGGUCCUGUUAAUCAAAUAAAAAAAAUGUUUUCAUCCACACGUUUAAUAGCCACUUGCAUAGUACUUGUAGCCAUUGUCAUGACCUUUAUUGCUGCAGUUGUGCUUCAUAAAGCCGGUCUGACUUUAAUUUUUAUCAUCAUACAAUCAUUAGCUAUGACCUGGUAUUCCCUCUCCUACAUACCAUACGCUCGUGAUGCCGUAAAGAAAACCGUCUCUGCUUGCCUUGAUGUGUAGGCAGUAAAUUAUUGAAUUGUAAUUUGGUGCAAAGACAACAAGUAUAAACCUAUCGACAUUAAUAUCAUUUGCUAGUACACAGUAAGGUCUGCAUCAUUUAAUAAUUGAUUUAUUAUAAAAGGAAAGUUCAGUUUAAUUGUUAUAAAAUUAUACCCUUAGCCACUCAGCAUUACAUCUCAUAUGUAUAUUAUAUGAUUUAAAUUUUUAUCUCGUAAAAGGUUAAAAGCACAUUUGAAAUAUAUAUACAUUUAUAUCGGUAAUAAAUUUUGCGAAAUUGUAAUGCGAUGAAAAACAGUAUUUACUAUCUGUAUUGCCUUUGCUUGUUAUCAUCAUUUACUAUUUUACUGCAGCUUUUCAAAGCAGUUUAUAAUUGUCUAUAAAACUCAAAAAUAAAUUUAAAAUUCAAAUUAAUUAUUAAUAUCGGUAUAAAAGUAUCAUGUGUGACUAUCAUGUAUGUUUCUAUGUGGCAUUGGCUACAACCCAAAACAAUGCUAUAAAUGGCUUGUAACUUAUUAUUUGAUACAUAUAAAAAUAUAUCAACUGAACAAAAUAUAUACGAUUCAUUAUAUGACAAUUGGACUAAUUUUAAGCUAAACUUUAUAAAACCUACACUGAUAUUUACGAAAUGCUUUAUUCAUAUGUAUUUAUGUAUAUUUUUGAUAAAUCUAAUUGUAUUAAUUAUAAUAAAAACUUUAAACUGAAA